AUGGCACCGAAGCAAGAUGUGUUCCACCUUCAUCCAUAUGGAUGGGAAAAUGAUCCCGAACGGGAGACUUUUGCGCUGUCCACCCUGGAUUACCUUUCAGCCAUGUCCUACAACAACUAUGCGCUCUUUUUCAGGAUGGACGAUGCAAUGAAGCCUCGAGCAGUAGAGAUUAUGAAAGAGGGACUCGCGCGCACCAUCAGCCAGGCGAGGCAUCUUUGUUGUACGAUCGAAAAAGAUGCCGCUGAAUCUGGAACUGGCUAUUCAUUUGUUAAAAAGAAGGAUAGCACCGUCCGUCUAUUUGUGCAAUGGCUAGACGCACCUGAAGACACUGAAAAGUACCCAUCCAUUGAUGACAUCGAAAAGGCAAACUUUAGCGCAGUGUCCCUUGGCGACCUCAAGCUUUGGAGUGUCGAACCAAUGACAUACGGCGAGAAACCGGAAGCCCAUCCUGAUGCUAGCCCUAUCGUGUCUGCUUUCAAGAUGAACUUUGUUAGGGGCGGAAUGGUCUUCAACAUGCACCAUCACCACUACUCCAAUGAUGCCUUGGGCUGGGCUGGCUAUACGCGGCAAUUGGCUGAGAACUGCUUCGCUGCAUUCACCAACACCGCCUUUCCUACUUGGGACCCCAAGAACCUGGAUCUUUCUCUCCUAGUAAAGAAAGAGCCUUGUGAGGAUCAAAAGGUAGAUGGGCCCCCUGCACCGGAACGCCAUCCGGGUCACGUCCAGGGUGUAGCCUUGUUGUUCCAUCUGCCAAAAAGUAAAGCGGCCGAGCUGAAGAAGUUAGCUUCUCCCACGGAUGGAACAUGGAUCUCAACCUAUGACGCCUUCACGGCCUUUAUAUGGCGAUCUAUCACGCGCGUCCGUGCUCCUGUCUUUAAUCCGGACCCGGCUUCGAAGAUCUUUUUUGUCGAAGGAAUCGAUAUGCGACGACGUUUCCGCAAUCCCGCCGUUCCUCCACGAAUUCGUGGCAAUGUCAUGUUUGCAGCUCUAUCUCUUACUGCACCAGUCGAACAGCCAACGGUGGCCGAGCUCAUUUCAGAGUGGCCCCUGUCUCGGGUGGCUCAGUACGUACGGCAGAUGACCGAUAGCGUCACUCAAGAGAGUCUGGAUAAGACGCUGGAAAUGGUGGCAACUGUUCGUGACAAAACUUCUCUCAACAUCCGAACAGACUCCCUGCCGCCCAUGUCGGUGCUCUUCACAGACCAUCGUGAUGCUUAUAUGGCAUCGACCGACUUUGGUUUCGCGACGCCAAUUACUCAUCGCCAUCUCACAGAUCGCAUUACUGAGGGUGUCAUUAUCGUUUACCCGCCUCGUAAACUAGAUCCGGAGUCGGACGAGGGCCCAGAGUUUUCUUUCUUUUAUGAGAAGAGGCUGGCGCAGACUUUGAUUGAAGAUCCCGAAUUUGGCAAGUAUUUCGAGUAUAGGGGUGUUGAUGCUGAAAAUGCGUAUGCUGAUGCGUCUUAA